UUUAACGUACCUCUGGAGUAUGUUAAACUGGGUACAACAAUGCAAAAUUUUGGCCUUAUGAUUGGUGCCAUUGUGGCUGGUAAUGCUGCAGAUAUUUUUGGCCGCAAAAAAGUCCUGUUGACCUUUACAGUUGGUUUGAUAAUAUUUCUCAUUGCAACAGCAUUUUCGCCAUCCUUUCUCGCCUUCACUGCGCUUCGUUUUUUCGAUAUGAUUUUUACAGGCGGAAAACAUUGCGUAUGCAAUCCAUAUUUCAUGGAAAACCUUCCGGAUAAGCAUCGCAUGUGGGUUGCAACAGUAGUCACUUACUCACCCAAUUAUAUCGUUCUAUCUGGGAUUGCAUACUUAUGCGGAGAAUGGAAAAUACUAUCGUGGACAGCUGCUGGAAUUACACUGCUACCACUUAUCAUGAUACCGUUCCUGAAAGACACGCCACGAUGGCUGAUAAAGAAAGGCCGAGGGGAGCAGGCAGCUAGAGCAGCCGUUUAUAUCACAAAAUGGAGCGAAAAAUUAACACCUGAAAGGGAACAGCAUAUUACGGCAGUCAUUCAUAAAGCUGCGGAUGAAGAGCUUGAAAAAAUGAAGAAGUCAAAGAAGAAUUAUUAUUUUUAUCAUUUAUUUUCGGACUGGAAACUUGGCAGCUAUGCCGUGGUCUUCGCUACAAGCCUGUAUGCCUACAUUUUUGCGCAAAAAUUUAUGAUAGCAAUGCCCCAAGAAGGCAUGAUGAUGAUAAAAAAUAAAAACGGUACUUAA